AUGACUCGACAUGGGAAGAAUUGUACAGCUUCAUCAGUUUAUUCAUACCAUGAACGAAAGCGAGAUGCAAAAGUGAGUGGAUAUGGUACCCUUCAUGCACGAUUGGGGGCUGAUUCUCAUCAAAGAAUUGUCGACUCGCUUGGUUCCCUUACAAGCUGCAACCGUUGCAAGAAUCCAGUGAUAACACCUGGUGGGUACCUUUUUGAUCGCGAAGCAAUAUUGGAGUAUAUUCUUGCACAGAAGAAAGAUAUCGCUAAACGGACAAAGGAAUGGGAGAAACAGAACGCGUUGAACGAGGAAGAGUUGAGAAAGGCCCAAAAAUCGGAUCAGGAUGCUGCAGUGCGAAAGUUCGAUGAAGUCGAAGGCACCCCCGCACACCCAGGUUAUAAAAUUAGUGCUGAUGAAGCACGAGAAGGAAACUCUAACCCUUUGAAACGACCAGGUAGCGCAAUCACGGUCCAGCCUCCUCAGAAAGUGAAGGCACUGGGAAUCGAAGGCGAUAUCUCGAAUAUGAAAGGAGAGAGAAGCAAACAGUUACCAAGUUUCUGGAUCCCCGAACUUAAUCCCACGGCAAGCGCGUCAAAAUUGGAGAAACCGUCACAAAAAGUGCUAUGCCCUUUGUCUGGAAAGCCUUUAAAGAUGAAAGAUCUCAUGGAAGUCAAAUUUACGGUAAUGCCUAGUGAUGACGAAAAGAAGAGUCUUAUUGCAGCGAAGAUUCGAUAUAUGUGUGCUGUUACUCAUGAUGCUCUUACAAAUACCACAAGAUGUGCUUAUCUGAAGAAAUCGAAGAGUGUUGUCACUUGGGAUGUGGUGGAGAAAUUAAUACGGAAAGAUUGGCUAGAUCCUGUAAAUGGUGAGCCAAUGACGGAGGAUGACAUCAUUGAGCUUCAAAGAGGAGGUACUGGUUAUGCAGCAACAAAUGAAGUGAAAGCAAAAUUGAUUCGGCCGCAGUUGGAAUUACAGUGA